AUGUUUGUUCUUUUCCACAUUCAUUCAUUUUUUUUCUUUCUCUCUCUCACUCUCUUUUUCCUUUCUUCCAUAAGUUCUUUUCCCUAUUCAUUGUCUUUUUCUUUUUCGUUUCCCUUCUGCCUCUCUCUCUCUCUCUCUCUCUCUCUUUCUUUCUGCCUCUUUUCUACCAGAAGUCCAUUCCUCAGUCCUUUUCUUCUCUCUCAUUCUCUGUCACUCUUUUCCUCAUUUUUUCGUAGGUCUUUUUCCCUUUCGUUCUCUCUCUUUCUCUCUUUCUACCUCCCUCUCUCUCUCUCUCUCUCUCUCUCUCUCUCUGCCUAUUUUCUACCAGAAGUCCAUUCCUCAGUCCUUUUCUUCUCUCUCAUUCUCUGUCACUCUUUUCCUCAUUUUUUCGUAGGUCUUUUUCCCUUUCGUUCUCUCUCUUUCUCUUUCUACCUCCCUCUCUCUCUCUCUCUCUCUCUCUCUCUUUCUGCCUCUUUUCUACCAGAAGUCCAUUCCUCGGUCUUUUCCCUUUCGUUCUCUCUCUUUCUCUCUUUCUACCUCCUCUCUCUCUCUCUCUCUCUCUCUCUGCCUCUUUUCUACCAGAAGUCCAUUCCUCAGUCCUUUUCUUCUCUCUCAUUCUCUGUCACUCUUUUCCUCAUUUUUUUCGUAGGUCUUUUUUCCCUUUCGUUCUCUCUCUUUCUCUCUUUUCUACCUCCCCUCUCUCUCUCUCUCUCUCUCUCUCUGCCUAUUUUCUACCAGAAGUCCAUUCCUCAGUCUUUUUCCCUUUCGUUCUCUCUCUUUCUCUUUUCUACCUCCCUCUCUCUCUCUCUCUCUCUCUCUCUCUCUUUCUUUUCUCUUUUCACCAGAAGUCCAUUCCUCAGUCCUUUUCUUCUCUCUCAUUCUCUGUCACUCUUUUACUCAUUUUUUCGUAGGUCUUUUUCCCUUUCGUUCUCUCUCUUUCUCUCUUUCUACCUCCCUCUCUCUCUCUCUCUCUCUCUCUCUCUCUCUCUCUCUUUCUGCCUCUUUUCUACCAGAAGUCCAUUCCUCGGUCCUUUUCUUCUCUCUCAUUCUCUGUCACUCUUUUACUCAUUUUUUCGUAGGUCUUUUCCCUUUCGUUCUCUCUCUUUCUCUCUUUCUACCUCCCUCCCUCUCUCUCUUCUUUUAUUCCGUCGGUCUAAUUUACUCAUUUUUUCCAAAGGGAAAUGA